AUUCUGUAUCAAAACUUGUUUAUUUACAAUUAUGUAUGCUUAAAAACAAUAAUUAUUUAAGUCCCGUAAUAAUUUUAAGCAUCAUUAUAGUAAUAAAAUUUACAAAUAUGUCUAUAAGCUUAGAUAUAAAAUUGAAGCGGGCGGACAAAAUAUACACGGAAGGAGAAACGAUAAGCGGAGUAAUGAUUAUUUCCAGUAGCUCAGAUUUUAAACAUGAUGGUAUUUGUUUAACAGUGGAAGGGUGUGUCAAUCUGCAAAUUAGUUCGAAAAAUGUUGGCAUCCUAGAAGCAUUUUACAACUCUGUAAAACCCAUUCAGUUGGUGAACAUAACAUGUGAUGUUAGCGGUUCAGGACGUUUACCAGCAGGAGUUACCGAAAUUCCAUUUCAAAUACCCCUCAAAGCAAUGUCCAGCAAAAGCUUGUACGAAACGUAUCAUGGGGUAUACGUUAAUAUUAGUUACUCCAUUCGAUGUGAUAUUAGAAGAUCGUUCUUGGCUAAAGACUUGCAAACGUGCCAGCAAUUUUUGGUUCAAUACAAACUGAAUUCAAGUAAUUGUCCUCAGUUGCCUUUAAAAGAUAAUCGAAAGUCUGUCACUUUUGAAUUGAGUCCAGCGAAGUUGUCUUCGGGGUCCUCAGAUGCUCCUGAUUUUCUGCUCAGAGGCUACAUCGACACAGUGUGUUGUAGCAUAACUAAGCCGUUUAAAGGUCGGUUAUGUAUAGUUAAAUGUGCAGCCCCAGCCAGGUCUAUCGAGUUACAGUUAGUUAGAGUCGAAACGUGUGGCUGUGCUGAAGGAUAUGCACGCGAAGCUACGGAAAUCCAGAAUCUUCAAAUAGGCGAUGGUGACAUACCGCAAAAUAUUCCAAUACCAAUCUAUAUGGUAUUUCCCAGAUUAUUUACUUGUCCCACAUUAAUAACCACCAAUUUCAAAAUAGAAUUUGAAAUUAAUAUUGUUGUAGUAUUCGACAACAAUCAUUUAAUCACUAAUAACUUCCCAAUAAUAUUAGUGAGAGAUUAAUUCUGAAAACGUUCCAAACGUGCGUUCAUUUUCAAUAAAUCGACAAAAUAUGUUGUGUGGUUGGAGUGCUUGCUGGAAGCAUAUCAAACCGAUAUGUGAUUACUCAUCGUUUGUAAGUUAUAGCAAUGGGCAAAUGUAAUAUGUAAAUAAAAAUGUAAAUGCUAA